GCCAUAAGCCAUAGCAUCAGCCGCACCCGAGCUAGCCAGUUGUAUAGCGACGCCCACGCCCGAAACACACACGUAUGUCUCGCGCGCUCGCACUUGCGGUCCUCCUCCUGGCCGCCGCCGCGGUGGCGCCGCUGGCCUCCGCCGACGGCGUGAAGUCCGUCCCCAUCCCCGGCGCCAAGGAGGCCGCCAGCGGCGCCAAGAUGUUCGACAGGGAGGCCGACGCCGGUCACGACCCGGUCAGCGGCCUGCCGGCCGACCCGGCGCCCGACGCGCGCCCCUAAGGCUACGCACCGUCGUCGUUGUCGUCACCGCCGUCGCCGUCCCGACCCGUUUCCGCUGAACACCACGCGCCUUGUACGUGUGCUUGUGAUGUUCGGCCUCUGCGUGCGUUUUGCAUUGCUUGCGUGCGUUUUCCUUCGGCUGCCGUGCCGAUUGGUCGUGGUGGACGCAGCGCCAUGGAUAACGGAUCUUAGGUACUCACCCGUGCUUGCUGUACCUGUACCCAUUUAUUUGGCAUUUCUCUCUUUUUUUUUCAAUAUGCCGGAGGAUAUAUAAUUUCUUCGAGAAAAA